GACGGAAAGAGCUGGCAUUCUUAUUCCUCCUUUUUAUGCAGGGGAAGACACAGCCUAGAGGAGGUGGGUGGUUUGUAGGAAUUACAUAACACACCAGAAGGCUCAGCUCUGUGCACUGCCCUGGGGACAAGGGCCCUCGGCAUCAUGAGAGCCCACGUAGAAAGAACUCGGAGAUCAGACGAUGUUGGAAGGCAGGUGAAGUGAGAGCCCGCGUAGAAAGAACUCGGAGAUCAGACGAUGUUGGAAGGCAGGUGAAGUGGCCUCUUAGCCUUUCAGCAUUUUGUCCCCACUUCCCCACAACUAGAAAAUAAUAAGCCCUACCCUCAAGAAGCUAGGAGUGCACAGAGACUUAGAGAAGCAUUCUGUGAUUCUGUGAGUCUACGGGUGUGGGAAGAAGAGAAUCUAGAAAUGAGAGGUGGAGUUUCUUUAGAAGCAGAUAAGAUAGUUCACAAGAAAAACAGGUAGUGCUCAGGAACUUGAGGAGGUGUGGGGCAGUCACUACCAAUGUCUUGUAUCUAUGUAAUCCUUGAUACCACAAAUGAGGAGGGUGAGCAGGCUGAAGAAGCUGACUGGGAGAUAGCCAGCUGCCUCCAGGGGAGUUUCCAGGAGCAGAGGUGAUUUACAUGCCAUUUGUGGCUGAUUGGUACAACUGACAUAAACAGGGAGCUCCAGACCCUGGGAGACCAGGAAAGGCAGUGUGGUCUUCACCGUGGUCAAGAGCACAGGAGAAUCCAGAGAAUGGCAAAGGAAGUUGCUGGAGGCCAAAUACCGAAGCCACGAUUGAGAGGCUUUGGAGGCAGAGAUGAAACAGCAGGACAGUUUCCCAAGUUAAAAGAAUUAACCCAUUCUAACUUCUCGCCAAAGGAGAGACCCAUCACCUCCAUCCUGGACACAGGAAGCCCCUAGAACUGCUUUCUGAAUCAGCCUCAGUUCAGAUCCAUCUGUCAGUGGUGAUCAGAGAAAUAACAGGAUAAAGGUGUUUGGUGAGCCCCUCUGCUUGGUGGGGUGCUAGGUGCUUUGCGUUCAUCACGUCACUUGCCAUUCACAAGCGCUCUGGAUAACAGUUGCCUCCUGUUACGGAUGACGAGGUGUAGGUUGAGACCCUUGGCCAAGGCACACGGUGAAGUGUUAAGCGCUGCAUUAAAACCUUUCGACCUGGAGGCUGCUCUGCAGCGCCCCAACCGCCUCAGACCCUGCUCCUCUGAACUUUGUCGGACAAGGACCUCAGUAUGGUGCGCAAUCGCUUUCCCACGGAAAACCAUCUACCCGUGGACCUGACGCUUCAAGUGGUGAAACUGUAGGAUACGAUGACGAUGAAUGUCAGGCUCUGUGCUUGGUACCAUCCGGGAGACAGACCUCACAGAAAGGUGCACCCUAACGGUGCAUGGAUAGAAACGAGUGUUAGGCCAUCCAGACCAGAACCUGCUCUCAACUACCGUUCCAAAGUGUGAGUUGGUUCCUGGAUGCCUCACUUUAAAGAACGUGAAUGCUUCCCAACUCUACAGAGUAGAAGAAUCCCAGUCUGUCUUCGAACAUGGGAAAGGCUUGUAAUGUGAGUGAUGACAGGUCCAGUCAGAGUGGGGCAAACCAGAACCCCUGGUGGAGGCCACAAGAUGAAAGCUAACUCUUUGCAAGGAUGAUUCUGUCUGGACUUCUCAGGAGAUGGUAAAUUCCCCGGGACCCGGAUGUGCAAAGACAAUCACAGCUAGUGUUUUAAGGACCCCUCCUCUAUGCCAGGGUUACCAAAAGUGUCUCAAAUAAUGUUCCCCUUUGAAAGUGCUUCUUUUUAACACUGCCAUGUUUUAAGUGAAGAAACUUCACUUACAGAGAGCUAAGCAUCUUGCCCAAAGCUGAUUCAUAGGCCCUUUAUGUCAUGACACCUCUCUGGCAUCAGCUAAAGAACCGCACUGGUGGGGGUACUGAGGAAGGACUAGGAUCAGAAGGGUGACUUUGAAGGGAAUACUUUGAGGCAGUGACUGAUUUUUCCUAAGGGGGAUUCUAGGUACCUGCCCCAAUCGGCCAGAGGCAGAGCCAGGAAGAGGCUGGACUGCCUAGAGGGAGGUGGACAAAAACAACAAUCUAAGCCCAGGAUCCUGCCCCUGCCUUUCUGGGACUCUGAUGUCAGGCCCUUAGGACCUCGCCUUCAAUGAACUCUACUCCAGAGAGGAAAUGGCCAGGCCGACCGUGCCCAGCCGUGGCCGCAGGGGGGCAGCAGUGCCUCGGUGCUCUCGCAAAGUGGGGCUGGCCCAGAGAAGUGCUGGUGAAGCCGGAGUCUGUCUCCACUUUCUGGGGGCUCUGAAACUUCUUUGUCUCCUGUACCUCACUUUUCUCUCCACAGGCACAUCUCAGAGUAGUGAUUCCAUUUUUAACCCUCCAAGAGGCAUGUCCACAUGGGUGUAAAUGGGCCAGGAGGCCCUGCCUGCAGCCUCCCCAGUCCCUGGACGGGAUCACCCUGGCUCUUUCCUCCUUCCUUUCCAGGACAUGACGCCUAGCCUGACAGGGCUUUCUCUGUGUUUUAUUUUACAAGCUAGCUAAGAGAGAAGGUGAUCCAUUGGCGCUCUCCACCCUGUAGAGGGAUUGGGAGUUCUUGAAGGCCCCCCAGGGCUCUGACAAAGCAUCUGGAAUUAAUGAUGCUUCUUGAGCUCUGGAGACAGGAUUUAUGCAUCUAAUAAAGUCUAUAACUCCAAGCUUAGGGGCUGGGGCCGGAGGCUGAGAGCAGGAAGUCCCACGGGGGCCGGGGAGGGGGGUCCCAGGCGGCUCUUAAUGGAGCUGUGCAUUUCCAUUGCCUUCUCUAGAUUCCCCCUCAGGCGGCUGUGGGAGGUGAGGAACAGGGGGACAGCAGGUAUAAGAGGCGGGUGUGGCCACGGCAAGGCAGACGGCAGCAUGGACGCCAGGCAGGCGGCAGUGCUGCUGCUGGUGCUGCUGUUAGUAACAGACAGGAGCCACGCUGAAGGGCCGGGGAGCCGGGAUGGAGGAGACCAGAUCUUCACGGAGGAAGACAGUGGUGCCCACCCACCACAGGAUGCUCAGACCCCCAGGUCACUCCUGCGCUCCCUGCUCCAGGCCAUGCAGAGACCUGGCCGGAGUCCAGCCUUCCUGUUUCAGCCCCAGAGGUUUGGCAGAAACACCCAGGGCUCCUGGAGCAACAAAAGACUGAGUCCCCGAGCUGGAGAGGGGCUGAGUUCCCCCUUUUGGAGCCUGGCUGCCCCUCAGCGCUUCGGGAAGAAGUGACGUGUCAUCUGAGGUUUGCAUUCAAGGCCCACACCCCAAACUGCCAUGUGUCCCCUGCAAAUAAAGCUGUCUGGCUUCUGAA